AUGUCCGAGUCUGAGGCCGGUUCGGACAGGUCGAACACUAAGCGGGACAGAGCUGACGGUAUUUUGAACGUCAAUGUUGAUGAAACAAUCAACGUCGAUGCCGACCUCGCUAACAACAAGUCGCUCAUGUCACCCACAGCAUCUGUCCACGAUACCCGCUCUCGUGAGCUCGGUGAUGAGGAUGACGCGUGCAUGGUUUCUGGACAAGAUCACUUCACUGAGCCGCCCCAAACUGAAGGCGUCGCCGUCAAUGUCCCGCCUAUUGAUCCGCUUCUAGAAAACAUUACUUUCGACAACGAUGAUAUUCCCAUUGGUUUCGAUGCUGGAAAAAUCAUACCCACACCGUCCCUAUUAUUUGGCAUUCCGUUCGAAACCACAGACUGGCUCAACUGUGAUGUCGACCAGUCCUUCGCGCCUCUCUUCCUCCAGAAUGACCUCUCUUUACGUGCUAUAAAUGAUACUUGGUUUGACCAAAAUUUUCAUCAUUUGGCCCAGCAUCAACAGCAACAGCAGCAACCUAUGAUAUCGCUGCCCACACCAGCCUCUUCGAUGAUGGAUCAGUCAGCAGUCGCAGAGCUGUAUAGUCGCAGUCACUCCCCAUCCAUCGACAAGGAUGCUGUUGAACCUAGGGAGUAUUUACCAGUCGCCAUCGAGGUUGACGCGCAGCUGGCUCUCCCUGAUCUUUCUUAUCUUACCGCAGAAGACGUUGAUCAGGAAAACUUGGCUCACGUGGAUGAGAUUUCCGAACAUGUCAGCCAGAGAGCAACUCAGGCGGUCAUGGACAUGCAGAAUAGCAGCAACUAUCCGCGCUUCAGGCAUGUGUCGAUCCCCCCUACGCAUGCCUUGAAUGCUUGGGUGCAGCUGUACUUUGAGUACUUUCAUCCAAUCUUGCCCAUUUUGCACAAGUCGACCUUUUCUUCACACAAGCAACACUGGCUGCUUGUUUUCACGUGUGAACACCAAAAUUCUUAUGGCCGAGAGCUGUGGAUGUCCCAGACCAUCCUUCUCAAUCACAUCGGCCUUCGAUAUGGCGGCGAGCGCAGGUCCUUGGAAAUUGCAGAGUUCUUGCAAGCCUUACCGGUGACUCUUGGACGGAGAAAGCGCCUCUUUACCGAUAUGUUUCCAAUGAACAAGUUCGGCCAGCUCCAGUUGCCACGCACGCAAAAGUGGCAGAUCUGGCUGCUCGAUGAAGAACGGCGGAGGGCUGGAUUUGCAAUCUGGCUCUUGGAUUCAGCGUUUGAUGCGCAUUUUGACCUCCCGGGUCUAAUGAAUCUUUCCGAGCUGCAGAUCUCGCUACCUCAGCCGGACGACUGCUGGAAUGCAUCGACGGCCCAGUGCUGGGCGAGCUUCUCCAAUGUCGGCAACUCCGGUGCUAGAGGACUUCCGACCAUGGAGCGCGUGAUUGCCGAUGAUAGUUGGCGGUCUACUUGGUCAAGAACUAACACCCUGGGCAAGCAGGUGAUGUUGCAAUAUCUUUCCAAUGCCAUCAAGGAUCAAAUCGCAAACCAGCCCGGCACUCUGAGUUUCUCUCGCCAUAAUGGUCCAAUGGCCUCAAACAUAGUAACCGACCUUCUAGCGCUUGUUGAGAAUGACCAGGGAGAACAAUCCGUCGACGAGGCCAAGGCAUCCACGGCGCACCAGAUGAUGGCCCUGACUGCUUUGAUGACCCAUAACAUCCCCAUCCAAAAUCUUCUUCCCAUGGUCGUCAGAGACAUUUACGGAAAGCUUGACGACUCGGAUCGGGCGCAAAUCAGAGACCGGUGGAAGAGCGCACCGCGCCAGGGAAGGCUGGGAUGCUUUUAUGCGGCACGCAUCCUUCAUGUUGUGCGGUCGAGUCGCUGCUCACACUUCGGGGCACCCGUCUGGUUGUUACGUGCUGUGCUAGCCCUAUGGCUUUACUCAACCAUCGUAGAGCGUUUUCCCGAUGGGUUUCUGUAUCCCCACACGGGACCUGCUGUGGUACUGGGACCGAAAUCGCUCGAUAGCAUGGGGAAUACUGUCUGGAUCGACAGUGGGUGGAGCCGAGUCAAGCUACCGGGCAUCGGCAACUUGUUGUGUGCAGAGGGCCGGACCAAGUUGCUGGAUGAUGCGGUGGUGCUGAUGAAAUCAUUAAAGGGCUGGGGAAUCAGCACUAUAUAUGCACAGAUCCUUCUACGUCUCCGAGCUAAGGAGGCAACAUCUACAACAGAAGGCGAUAAGCUAGCAUAG